AUGGGUAGACCAGGAGGAUAUUCGACCUGCACAGAUGACAAAGUUUGGCAGUGGCGAAAGGAACUUGAGGGGCAACUCAAGUCCUCGCACAAGGAAACCGACAAGCUCCGCCGUUUCGACUACUACAUAUUCCCACCAACUACAUGGAAUCGAAUAGGGCCUCGACGCCACCGCGGUAUAUCUAUACAGAAAAGUAUACGCCUUGAUCGCGUCAAACAAUCCCGUAUGCAGAAACGUGAUCAAGAUUCGGUUGGCUACAUGCCUCUCCCUCCGCAUGUCGACAGUCUUUUGUUGUGUCAGGAAAGCGCCCAAAUGGCCAAUUCAACACUGGGAAGCGUGCGAGGUGUCACAGACAAACUUGGGUAUUGUUUGGAGUCUAUAUAA